UAAAAAAAAAUAUCUUCAGCGACUCCCGCCUCCGGGCUGUGGGCUCUCUCGGCUGCUGGGUUCUCCUUCCCUGCUUUUUUCUUGGAUGCAGCUCGAUGGUAAUCUGAACGAAGCAACAUGAGGCUGCGAGACUUUCUACUCACUUUGCUGCUCCUGGCCGGCUUCCUGGGGGGGGGGUCAUACGCUCAGCAGCGUGUGAGCCCGAUCUCCACACGAGUCUCAAGUGCAGAAGACUGCCCUGUGGACCUGUUCUUUGUCCUGGACACCUCGGAGAGCGUCGCCCUGAGGGUGAAGCCCUUUGGGGACCUGGUUACCCAAGUGAAAGAUUUCACCAACCGGUUCAUUGAUAAGCUGACCAAUAGGUACUACCGCUGCGACCGCAACCUGGUGUGGAACGCGGGGGCUCUGCACUACAGCGAUGAGGUCGUGCUCAUCAAGAGCCUCACCCCGAUGCCCAGCGGCCAGAGCGAGCUGAAGAACCGCGUCUCGGCUGUGAACUACAUCGGGAAGGGCACCUACACCGACUGCGCCAUAAAGCGGGGUAUCGAGGAGCUGCUCAUCAGUGGUUCCCAUCACAAGGAGAAUAAAUACCUGAUUGUGGUGACUGAUGGACAUCCCUUGGAAGGUUACAAGGAGCCCUGUGGAGGCCUGGAUGAUGCUGCCAAUGAAGCCAAACAUUUGGGGAUCAAAGUGUUCUCUGUUGCCAUCUCUCCCAAUCACCUGGACCAGCGGCUCAACAUCAUCGCCACAGACCACGCCUACCGCCGCAACUUCACCGCCACCAGCCUGAAGCCAACGCGGGAGCUUGAUGUGGAGGAAACCAUCAACACCAUCAUCAACAUGAUUAAACUUAACACAGAGCAAUCGUGCUGCUCCUUUGAGUGCCAGCCUCCUCAAGGGCCCCCUGGACCACCUGGUGACCCAGGCCAUGAGGGAGAAAGAGGCAAGCCAGGUCUUCCUGGCCAGAAAGGAGAAGCUGGAAGCCCAGGCAAACCAGGGGACAUGGGACCUGUUGGCUACCAAGGAAUGAAGGGUGACAAAGGAAGCCGAGGAGAAAAGGGCUCAAGAGGAGCCAAAGGAGCCAAGGGUGAGAAAGGCAGGCGUGGAAUCGAUGGCAUCGAUGGCAUGAAGGGUGAAGCUGGAUACCCUGGAUUACCUGGAUGCAAAGGCUCACCUGGAUUCGACGGAGCUCAAGGCCCACCUGGACCGAAAGGAGAUCCUGGUGCUUAUGGACCCAAGGGAGGAAAGGGGGAGCCUGGGAAUGACGGAAAACCUGGCCGACAGGGGAUUCCCGGCAGCCCUGGAGAGAAGGGCGCUAGAGGGAACCAAGGUGAGCCUGGACCAGUAGGAGAGACUGGUGAUGAGGGUGCUCCAGGUGCAGAUGGUCCUCCAGGAGAACGGGGCAGCAAUGGAGAAAGAGGAGCACCAGGCUCGCCGGGUGACCGCGGGCUGAGAGGAGAGCCGGGAGAACCUGGACCACCUGGUGACCAAGGGCGAGAAGGACCCCUCGGACCACCUGGUGACCAGGGUGAACCUGGACCCCCAGGACCCAAAGGCUACAGGGGAGAUGACGGCCCCCGUGGCAACGAGGGCCCAAAGGGAUCACCUGGAGCACCUGGGCUGCCUGGAGAACCUGGUCUGAUGGGAGAAAGGGGAGAGGAUGGCCCUCCUGGGAAUGGCACAAUUGGAUUCAUAGGUGCCCCAGGGCAACCAGGAGACAGAGGUGACCCUGGCAUUAAUGGAACAAAAGGCUAUGUUGGACUUAAAGGUGAUGAAGGAGAAGCUGGAGAUCCUGGCAACGAUAACCCAAACCCUGGCCCCAGGGGCAUCAAAGGAGCGAAGGGCUACAGGGGACCCGAAGGUCUCCCGGGACCACCAGGACCUGUGGGGCCUCUGGGACCAGAUGAAUGUGAAAUCUUGGACAUCAUCAUGAAGAUGUGCUCUUGCUGUGAGUGCACCUGUGGUCCCGUCGACCUCCUCUUUGUGUUGGACAGCUCGGAGAGCAUUGGCCUGCAGAACUUCCAGAUUGCCAAGGACUUCAUCAUCAAAGUCAUCGACCGCCUGAGCAAGGACGAGCGGGUCAAGUUUGAACCCGGGGAGUCCCGUGUGGGCGUUGUGCAGUACAGCCAUGACAACACACAGGAGCUGGUGGCCAUGGGGGAUGCCAACAUAGACAACAUCGGGGCGCUCAAACAGGCAGUCAAGAACCUGAACUGGAUAGCUGGGGGGACCUACACUGGAGAAGCCCUGCAGUUCACCAAAGACAACCUGCUGCGGAGAUUCACCUCUGACAAGCGCGUCGCCAUCGUCAUCACAGACGGACGCUCCGACACACUGCGGGACCCCACCCCACUCAACUCCCUGUGCGAUGUCACCCCGGUGGUUUCCCUUGGGAUAGGUGACAUUUUCCGGAACCCUCCAAAUCCAGAUCACCUGAAUGACAUUGCUUGUUUAAGCAGACCAACCAGGCCAGGACUGUCCAUUCAAAGGGACAAUUAUGCUGAGCUCCUGGAUGACACCUUCCUGCAGAACAUCACCUCAUACGUCUGCCAAGAGAAGAAAUGUCCUGACUACACCUGCCCAAUCACCUUCACCAGUCCAGCGGACAUCACACUGCUGGUGGACAGCUCCACCAGCGUGGGAAGCAAGAACUUUGAGACCACCAAGAAGUUCGUGAAGCGGCUGGCGGAGCGGUUCCUGGAGGCUGGCAAGCCCGCCGAUGACUCCGUGCGCGUCUCAGUGGUGCAGUACAGCAGCAGCAACCAGCAGAGAGUGGAAGCUCAGUUCCAACACAACUACACGGUCAUUGCCAAAGCCAUUGACAACAUGGAGUUCAUGAAUGACGCCACAGACGUCAAUGCUGCUCUGCAGUACAUCACGCUGAUGUACCAGCGGUCCGCCCGCGCCGGGGCCAAGAAGAGGGUGCUGGUGUUUUCUGACGGACACUCCCAAGGGAUCACCGCGAGUGCCAUUGAGAGAGCUGUGCAGGAAGCCCAGCGGGCUGGCAUUGAGAUCUAUGUGCUGGCAGUGGGCAGCCAAGCCAACGAGCCCAACAUCCGUGUCCUGGUCACGGGGAAGAGCGCAGAUUACGACGUGGUCUAUGGGGAGCGCCACCUCUUCCGUGUGCCCGACUAUACCUCUCUGCUGCGUGGCGUCUUCUACCAAACUGUCUCCAGGAAGAUAGCUGUUGACUGAGCAUAUGGGUGGGUUUCUGCCAAGGCCAUAGCGUCUUCUGUCUUGCCCAAAAAAGGAAAACCAAAAAAAACCAAACCAAAACAAUACAAAAAAAAUUUAACAGUGUUUUUGACCAAUGUGAAGAAUUUGCAUCUAUGCAGAUAACCACAAUGCCACAGCCUGGCUCUACAUAGUCCCCUUCCUUCUCCCCCUGCUUCAUCACCUGUGUCUCUUCUCUGUUAGCCUCAAACUUCCCUCACUGCCUAUGACUGCCCUCCCUCCCCAGAAGUACACCUAGCAAUAAACCAUCAGAAAACAAAUACCUCAUCCCACUGUGUCAAGAAAGAACCAAGAUGAGGAAUUUGUACCACUAAGAACCAGCCUGGUCUCUUGAGGCUUAUUAUGCUCUUUUCAUAUACUUUUUUUUUAAUUGUUUUAAUUUCCUUCUCUGUUUCAUACAUCAGUUGAGCCAUUGCCCAUCUCACAAUGAUCCUAACCUAA